AGAUGCUAGCCCAGAACAAUAUCAACCUCUUGCAUCAGCAUGCCUUGCCAACAACAAAAUAAACAAUGAUGCAGAUGAGAUAAAGAAACUGAGGCAGGUAAAUGAAGAGCUAAAGAAGCAACUAGAACUAUUCACAAAGAAAAGUUCAGAAUGCCACCAGGACAGGGUCUACAGGCCCAGAACAAGGCCCUACAAGCCACUAGUAAAGUAUAUAUUGGUUAAUGGAGACAAAGCUCCUGAGGGCCAUGUUAAACUUUUGCCGAAUGGAAACAUUGCUGUCCCCCAAGAUUGGUUGCAACAGACACUUCAGAUGUCAAAACCGAAGAAGGGUCAGCCAUCGGGUAAACAAAUAAUCAAGGCAAUUCUGAAUGGCCUCUUCGAACCUCACCAGCUUUGCCUUAAGGGGGGAAGAGCUGCGGUCAUGGCGAACCCUCUAAUGAAGCCAGUCUACCAAGAUUUGGCAGGAUACACAGCUCAGGUACUCAAGUCUUCUCCAACUACCUUCACUGAGGCGUUCAAUGAAAAGUGUGCUACAGCAAGGGCUACUGUUCAAAGACUUCAAAAUAAGCUGCAUAAAAUAUGAACAUUGUUGUGCUUCUACAAGUUAACAAUUUAAAAUCAGUACUCGAACUGAUUUUAGGUUAAUGGAA